AUAGCAACAUCAUCAACUCGUAAAAUUGCUACAAAUAACCCAAAAAUGUGGGUCAUAAUAUAUUUUUCGUGUUACACGAGAGUACAUCACCCCCGUACCGUGAAACGACUCUCCCCACGCCAGACUAUGUCGCGUCGCCGCUCGGUGAAGACCAGGAAAAGCCGGCGAGGUAAGGCAGGCCACCGCGGCAAGGACUGGAAUCUUUACGACGACAACCACUGCCACUAUUUCUCGUACGAACCGUCUGGUCUCAGCACACUGCUUACUCUGGUCUACAUAAUUCAGCUUGGCAGUCCUCCGCCGACCCGCUGGGACAGACUGAAGUGGUGGUUGGAGGACAGCUGGGAGUGGAUCAUGUCAGUUGCGUUUGGCCGCGAUCCGAGAAGAUUCUACGAAGACAAGAUGGUGAGAAGUCGUGGCGGGAAUGUUCGUCUUGCCAAGACAGUCCUGAUGGUGCUUAACUUUCUCGGCUGGGCCAUGGGUGUGGCUCUCUUCGUCCUUGGCAUGGUGCUAAAGUUCCUGUACCACGCGGAUGACCUGGCCGGGGUCAAGUUCACCUACCUGCUCUACACCAUGAUUGCUUUUGGUCUCAUUGUAGCACUGGUCUGUACUCUUGGUAUGUGCGGGGCAGCAUGGGAAAACUCUUGCAUGCUGGGAACGUUUGUAGGUAUGCUGACUAUUCUGUUCGUGGGUGAGGUGGCCUGUGCAGCGCUACUGUAUGUCAAUAGGAAAGAGAUCCUCCAUGAGACUGACGAAAAUCUAAUGGAUGUCGUAACCAAUGGAUACCAGUGGCCAAUCAGCGACACUAUCGAUCUUAUACAGCGCAAGUUGUUCUGUUGCGGUGUGAACACCCCACAAGACUGGUACAACUCCCGUUAUGGCCAUGUUCCCGCCAGUUGUUCCUGUAACUUACCGGCUACUGACAGGGACGGCGCAUGCGCCAUCAUAGCAGGGGAGGAGUGGUACCAGCGGGGUUGCCUCCUGCCACUGAAGCUGGCCCUGGCGCGUCACAUGUACACGCUGGGCGGACUGUGUAUGGGGAUUGCCAUCCUUCAGGUAGUGAAUCUCACCAUUGCUGCCAUUAUGGUUCUCCGUCUCCGCACAAAGCCACCGCAGCAAAACGCACACGGCACGGUUCUCUACCACAACCGCAGCCAACCAAACAUCCCCCUCACCGUCAGCCCCAAAUCCGUGCAGCCGCCGCAGCGUAAUUAUGGGAAAAACUACUACGAAAAGCCCACCGCAAAGAACGUCGGGAGUAUCCCUGCUGUCAUGGUGAAGGGUGUUCGAAACGAUCGUCAGAGGCACCUGUCAAUCAACGGACAGAAACGCAGGUGCUGACGGGAAAUCCGCUGUGAAACUUGUCGGCCCUUUUCCAACUAGGAUAGAAUUGUCCGGAUCCGAGCAAAUCUAUUCGGUUUGGUCCGGACAAAUCCUAGUGGGAAAAGGCCUUUGAGUAAAAGAAAAUUGUAUCUAAAUGCACUAAAUUUGCAUAGUCUGGGAAAUGAAUAAUAUGUCUAGCUUGAUGUAAAGUUUCACAUUAUUUUGUCACUGAAUAUAUGCACUCUCUCUAUAUAUAUACUGAAUAUAAUGUGUCUCUAGUGCUUAGCGAGCUUAUGGUCUGUAAAGGAGGGUGACUGGAAGAAAAUUAUUCGUGUAAUAACCAUGCAGAAUAAUGAAUGUAUCAUUAUAAUUAAACUCGCAUGCAGACAUUUGUGGCGUUUUGUCAUUUUUACUUACAUAAAGGCACCACAACACAACAGUUUUAGUCAGCAGAGAACGAGUUACAUGACAAACCAACAAUAUAGUAAACAAUGGUCAAGAUUGCGGAAACAUUUUGGACUUUUCUUUGUCGUUGAAAUAUUAUUACCUGACAACAUUCGAUAGGACACGUCAUCUAUGUAUGGCAGCGAGGUGCCUACCAAAAUGAUCAUUUGGCCACAACAAGUAAUUUUUAUAGAUG